CAAACUUAUCUUUCUUCAACACCCAUUUUUUUGGUUUCAACUCUCAAAACAUCAAUGGAUUUAUCUUUAACAGUCGUUAUCCUUUUCUUCUCGCCCUUCUUCUUGUUACUUUCAUCUGAAGCCUGUAAUGCAGUUGACAAAGAAGCAUUACUCCAUUUCAAACAUCAAAUCAUUUCUGAUCCGUCUAAUCUAUUGCUGUCAUGGAAUAUUUCCUCCGAUUGUUGCACUGAUUGGGAAGGUGUAUCCUGUGAUUCCUCAAAAAGAGUCGUUAAUGUCUCGCGUCCAGGCCUUCUUUCUGAGAGCGACUUCAUUGUGGACACUUACAUGACGGGAACUCUAUCUCCUUUUCUGGGAAAUUUAUCCAAUCUUCAAUUGCUAGACUUGAGCGAUCUCAAGGAGUUGAAGGGUCUAAUACCACCAGAAUUUGGCAAGUUAUCUCAUCUUACGCAUCUCUUUCUUAAUUCCAACAAACUUAAAGGUUCAAUACCAAUGACCUUCAAGUACCUUCUUCGACUGGAGAAGCUCUAUCUUGAUGAUAAUUAUUUAUCCGGCGGUGUUCCUGCUUCUCUUAUUGGAACUCUGACAUCACUCUCUGAGUUGGGUCUAUCUGGGAAUCAAUUAUCUGCCUCCAUUCCAAAUACUAUUGGCAAGCUGGAAAUGUUGACUAAACUUGAUGUUCAUGGGAACAAAUUCUCUGGAAGUAUUCCAGCUGGAAUUGGUGAACUCAGUAACCUGAAUUAUCUUGAUUUGUCUGCGAAUAAAUUAACAGGAAGCAUUCCACAUUCCAUUGGUAAACUUUCUUCAUUAGUACUUUUAUAUUUGAAUCAAAACCAGAUUUCCGGAAGCAUUCCUUCUUCAAUUUCUGGGCUUAUUUCACUUCAGUUCUGCCGGUUAUCAGAAAACAAGCUAACGGGAAGUUUACCGGCAUCAAUCGGCAUGCUCUCGAAUAUCCAAAGACUAAUUCUUGAGAACAAUAGGCUCACUGGAGAGUUACCAGCAACCAUUGGCCGUCUAGCUACACUCACUGAUAUAUUCUUUUCAAACAACCAUUUCUCAGGCAAGAUUCCUUCAAGUUUUGGCAAUUUACAAAACCUUCAAACAUUGGAUUUGUCAAGAAACCAACUCUCCGGGCCAAUUCCUCCUCAGCUAGCUAAAGUGCAAAGGUUACAGUAUUUGGAUUUGUCAUUCAAUCCUCUAGGAAUUGUUAGCAUACCAAAGUGGUUUCCAAAAAUGAAAUUAUUUCGGCUAAUGUUGGCAAAGACUGGGAUUGAAGGGAAGCUUCCAAGUUGGUUAUCUUCAUCAUCCAUAUCCAUGCUGGACUUAUCAAGCAAUGGUUUGGUAGGUAAAUUGCCUCAUUGGAUUGGGAACAUGACCAACCUUUCAUUUUUGAAUAUUUCAAACAAUGGCUUUUACUCAUCAAUCCCCAUUGAAUUCAAAAACCUUUCACUUCUAAUGGACCUCGAUCUUCAUUCCAACAAGUUUACUGGUCACAUGAAGACAAUUUUCUCAAAAAAAACCCAGGACCCACUAGGCCAUUUUAAUUCCAUUGAUCUUUCUAACAAUAUGUUCAUUGGUCCAAUUGAUGAUAAUGUUGGUGAGAUCCCUACAAUGACUGAUAUCAAAUCUUUGGUUUUAUCCCACAACCCACUUGGGGGACCAAUACCAAAGUCAUUUGGAAAACUGAGUUCAUUGCAAGUAUUGGAGCUAGAAGGCAAUAGUCUUUCCGGGAAGAUACCAAUUGAGCUUGGUGAUGCUAAGGAAUUGACAACUAUUUUGCUUUCAAAGAACAAGCUAAGUGGAACUAUCCCGGAGAAUGUGAUGAAUCUGAAAAAACUUCAAAAUUUUGACGUGUCUAGCAAUAGACUGAGUGGCAGGAUUCCUCCUCAUAAAGCUAAUAUUCCUGUAUCUGCAUUCAAAAAUAAUCCCGGUCUCUGUGGAUCUCCGCUUCCCCCUUGUAAAUAGCAU